UCUGAAAACCUCUGGAGCCCGGCCACCAGAAGUCCCACCUCACCACGAAGGAAGGCCCAGGCCAAGGAUGCCCCAGGACCCACAGAAACCCUCAGUACCCAGCCAGGGGCCGAAGACACCAUCAGGCAAAAAGGUGAAAUCUCCACGACAUCCCCUGUCCCUGGCCUGGAAGCAGGACCGUGAGCAGACUCUGGCUGCGGCCUAUGUGCCGGUGAUGCUCAACCCCAAGGGGCAGAACCCGGACAAGCUCAGGUUCAACUUCUACACCUCCCAGUACCCCAACUCUCUGAACCCGUUCUGCACCUCGCAGAAGCCCACCUGCGGUUACCUGUACUGCCGGGACACUGACCAUACCCGCAAGCGCUUCGACGUACCUCCUGCCAACCUGGUCUUGUGGCGCUCGUAGGCCUGUGCCAGUCAGAAGCCCCCCACCCUGCACCCUCACCCCCCACAAUCCUGGGUCCCAGAGGGGAAGGGCUGCUCCCUCCCAGAGGAGCAGGAAGUGCCUGGGGCUGGGACGGCUGUGUCCUGCCCACUGUCAACAAGGGCAAAGGGAGGGCCUGCUUCUCAGCAGCAAUUAAAGUUUGUCCUUCCUU